AUGGGAAACACAAUAAUCACAGCUUGCUUCCGCCCCGAAUACUCCCCCACAUCCGCCGUGAAGCUCAUCUCAUACGGCGGCGCCACCAGAAUACUCACCGGAAAACACCUCGCCGGCGAGAUCAUGUUCGAGUCACCGGACAGCAUCGUCUGCCACGCCGACUCGUUCUUCAUAGGCCAAACGAUUCCCUCACUCGCCAUCGGGGACGAGCUACUCAGGGGCCAAACCUACUUCCUCCUCCCCCUCGACUGCUUCACCCACACCGUCCUCUCCGCCUCCUCCCUGGCGGCGCUUGCCUCCGGGCGGCGGGCAGAACAAGAACCGGGCCAGACCGGUCAGCUUCAAGGGCUGCCCGUUCGAGUACAUGAAGGGUUCCGACGCCAUAAGGAGAUUAAUAAUGGCGGCGAUCAAGAAUCUGAUUGUGUUAACAAUGGCAGCCCUAGUAAUUUCUUGUGCAGCACGCCUGAGUUGCAGAAGCAUUACAAUCAGCUGGUGGGAUCGAAAGACCAGACGUGGUCGCCGAAACUCGAGACGAUUACCGAGAAUAAAAUUAGGAAGAAGAAGAAAUCUGCAGUUGUGGCUACUAGCGCCUUUGCUGAUUGGGUGGCGUCGUCCUCCUCCUCUGCCGGGGACCUCUCGUUAGGCUUCAAUGCCGGCCCCGCCGCCGCCGCAGCCGGUGGCAGCAACAGCGCUGCUGUUGGUGGGGGGAUGUGGUCCUCCACCACGGCCACAGCCACCAGACACAUCAGCUGCGGCCUGCCGCCGGAGUUUUACUUUGUAGCGCCGGCUUCAUCUUUCCAGCACCACCACCAGGAGACCGGCGCUGCCGGUGGGACAACGAUAAACUUCGACCCUCAUUCACUCGGUGUGAUUCCUCUCCUCACAUCCACCCCUUCUCUCGGCGGCGGUGCUGGCGGUGGGGGCUCAGCCGCAGCAGACGAUCAAGACGCGUUGAAUAACAACUCGCGCAACCGCGGCGGCAUGCAGCUGUGGCAGCACCAGCUGGGGCAGCAGAAUUCUCCGGCGUAUUUCAAGAAACCCACGAUUAACAUCGAUCAUUCGAACCUCCUCCAUCACGGAGGAGGCGGUGGUGGCAAUAUCGGAGGUUCUUCUUCAUCCAUGGGCGGCGGCGGAGGAACAACAACCUCUUGCCAUGACUGUGGAAACCAAGCCAAGAAAGAUUGUCCGCACCGGAGAUGCAGGACUUGCUGUAAGAGCCGAGGUUACGAUUGUACCACGCACCUCAAAAGCACUUGGGUUCCGGCUGCCCGCCGCCGCGAACGGCAGGUCAUCGGAGGUGCAAAUACAGCCACGGCGGGUUCCUCACAGUCCACUUCCAGCGCCAAGAAACCUAGACUCGGCGGCGCGUCUCAAACCACUUCCCACACUUCCAACUCUAACAACACCCCGCCAAGAAGCUUCGACACCACCUCUAGCCACCAUCAAGAUGCAAGUUUUAAAGAAUCAUUGCCCGGGCAAGUCCACGCGCCUGCAGUAUUCAAGUGCGUAAGAGUGACCGCCGUCGACGACGGAGAAGACGAGUACGCAUAUCAGGCGGUUGUGAGAAUCGGCGGCCAUGUUUUCAAAGGGUUUCUAUACGAUCAAGGCUCGUCGAACUCCGAAGGAAGAUCGGAAGGAGGGUUUCCAAAUAUGUCCGAGCUUCAUUUGGGCGGCAGCGGAGGCGGAAGAAACGCGGGCGCAUCAUCAUCGCAGCACACAUUUCUCGAUGCAGCAACCACCAAUAUGUUCGCUGCAUCGGGCGGCGCGUUGCUCGGAGGAUCCAGUUAUGGUAACCAAAUUAAUUGAAAUUCUCUUUAAUUUGAUUUGGUGAUUUAUGAUCAGCUCUUGGCUCUAGGUGUCCUUAAUGCCAUAAAUGCCCUUACCUCCAUAACCAUAAAUGUGUAGUUUACAGUUUACUGUUUACAGUAAUGGAUCAUGAAUCAUCAUCAUCAAUCAUCUGUCUGAAAAAUAUAUAUAUGAUUUCUAUCC